ACAUUUCACUUUCAUACUAUUUUUUCUCUCACACUCACGGAUAUUUAUUUGGAGAACACUCGGGAACACAUAUGUCUGUGAAUAUGUAUCGGUAAUUUGGUACACGGAUUAAGUAGAUAGUAGAUGUGAUUGUAUUAAGGAGAUGUGAUUGUGAUUGGUUGAUAAAUAUUAUUUAAUAUUGAAAAAUAAUAAGUACUAGGGGUAAAUAAAUCAUAAUCACUCACCUUAACACAUGUAUUGGUAAAUAUCACAUAAUAUGUGUAGCAAAAAAUUCAUCUAUUUAUUUCUUUUGCUUUUUAUUAAUUCUCUAAUUUUCAACGAAAUAAAGUCUCGAUAACUUAGAAUUUGACUUUAACUCGUAAAAUCAAACUCAAUUCUUUCAAACAAUUUUUCUUAAAAUAACUUAUUAAUUGCUGAAAUCCAAUGUCUUAGUUGAUGGAUUAUUUCACACAUCACCAUUCACCACCACAUCAUCUUGUUUAUAAAACCCAUUCAACACAUCUCUCACAAAUACACCAUUUCUCAUCAAAACAUUUUCAUUCCCCAAAAUACCCUUCCCAAUGGCAGCAACCAUGGCCACUGCAUCUCUCACCACUUCUCUCUCUUCAACUCCCAAAUCCUCAUUCUUCAAUGGAAAACCAAUUGCUAUUCGCACCCCCACCCUCCUCAAAUCCACCUCCCAAAAACUCACCAUGUCACUAACCACACCUCCUUACGAUCUCACCUCCUUCAAAUUCGCACCUAUCAAAGAAUCCAUCGUCUCUCGUGAAAUGACACGUCGUUACAUGACAGACAUGAUAACCUACGCCGACACUGAUGUCGUAAUCGUCGGUGCCGGUUCCGCAGGUCUUUCCUGCGCUUACGAGUUAUCCAAAAACCCUAACAUCAGCAUAGCUAUCAUCGAACAGUCCGUUAGUCCCGGCGGUGGUGCAUGGCUCGGUGGCCAGCUGUUCUCCGCCAUGGUUGUACGUAAACCAGCUCAUCUCUUCCUCGACGAAAUCGGUGUCGAAUACGAUGAACAAGAAGACUACGUUGUUAUCAAACAUGCUGCACUUUUCACUUCAACAAUCAUGAGCAAACUUCUUGCAAAACCUAACGUGAAAUUGUUCAAUGCUGUUGCUGCUGAAGAUUUGAUUGUGAAAGAAAAUAGAGUUGCUGGUGUUGUUACAAAUUGGGCUUUGGUUUCGAUGAAUCAUGAUACACAGUCUUGUAUGGAUCCUAAUGUUAUGGAAGCUAAAGUUGUUGUUAGUUCUUGUGGACAUGAUGGACCUUUUGGUGCUACUGGUGUUAAAAGGUUGAAGAGUAUUGGUAUGAUUGAUUUUGUUCCUGGAAUGAAAGCUCUUGAUAUGAAUACUGCUGAAGAUGCUAUUGUUCGUCUUACUAGAGAGGUUGUUCCUGGUAUGAUUGUUACUGGUAUGGAAGUUGCUGAAAUUGAUGGUGCCCCAAGAAUGGGUCCAACAUUUGGGGCCAUGAUGAUAUCUGGACAGAAAGCUGCACAUUUGGCAUUGAAGGCAUUGGGGAGGAACAAUGCAAUUGAUGGAACAUGUGAAUCUGUACCAGAGCUUGUUUUGGCUUCUGCUGAAUCACAGGACAUUGUUGAUGCUUAAUUUUAAAAUUAAGUGGAUUUAGUUUUUAGUUGUUUGGAUCUUCUGUUUAAUUUUAGAUCCUGCAUGUAAUUUGGUUUCAAUAAUGAAUAAAAAAAAUGUGAAUGAGGUGACUAGCUA